GAAAGUAGUUUAAUACUGUGACAUUCUACAAUUUAGUUAAGCAUUAAGUUUGACAUUUUUUGAUAACCCAAAUCUUAAUGCUGAUCAUCUGGACGAUCAUAUUUUUCUUCAACACGGCUCACGGAUUGAAACAUCGGCUCCAACACCCCAUAGCAACACCCUUCAUUUACGACGUUGACCAAAAACUUUCAAGUCAGGAAUUGAAAACAAAUAAUAAAAUAGCAGCUGAAGUGUUGACUAAAAACUACUUCACUAAACUAACUCCUAUAGAAAAUGCAUUUAUUGAAGAAACCAAACCAAAAAUAAACGGUAUCAGAUAUAACUAUAGUAAUUUAGUUUUAACGACAGCGAUAAACGUAUUUGAUAAAGAAAUUGCUACUUUAGAUUUAACACAAAAUUAUACUACUGACAAUUUGAGAAGAAGUUUAAAUGAAGCUAAAUUAAUUAAGAAGAGACUCUUUACUUAUCCUUACUUACACACUUUACUUAGAGAAUUCACUGAUCGUUAUGAGAAAUCUGAAUAUAAUAAUUAUCAGGAUUUUACAAGAAGCGAAUCAGAAUCAGGAGAAAUAAGUUUCGAGGAAAAUUAUCAUAGAGUGCACACUCCCGCUCGGCGCAUCUUCCACGGGCAUAAGACGAAGAUCCAUCACUUCCCGUUCUUGGUGGCGGUUCAUGUGCUCGGCCGGUUUGUGUGUGGCGGCUCCAUCAUCACAUCGGACUUGGUCAUCACCGCUGCCCAUUGCUUGAAAAGUUUAAAGACGGCGGGUUUUUAGGGAGUUGCUUGAAAAACAAGUGUUUUUGAUCUAUCACAAAAUCCCAAACGCAGAUAUGAAGAAUGGUUACAUGACCAUCCAUCUUCAUCAGAAGAAACAACCCCUAUGAGACCACCA